UCCUACUUGAUUUCGUUAUUCUAAGGGGCGUUCUGUGUGGAAAAUAUUAAACAUUUCCUUCUGAAUUCUAACAAUGAAAUUCCGAUUUUGCGGAGACCUGGAUUGCCCAGACUGGGUUCUGGCUGAAAUCAGUAUUCUGUCAAAAAUGACUUCAAUAAAGAUGAAGUUACUGUGUGUACAAGUUAUCAAAGACAUGCUAUCAGAGGGCAUCGAUUAUGAAAAGGUUUAUAAAAUAACACAGGAUGCCAAAUUUGAGACUGGAGAUGUAAAGGCUUCCAUAGCUGCCUUGACUUUUAUCUUGUCAAGUGCUGCUAAAUAUAGCUGUGAUGGAGAGACAUUGUCCAAUGAACUUCAGCAACUGGGGCUCCCCAAAGAACACGCCACCUCCCUGUGUAAAUCAUACAGUGACAGCUCAGACAAACUUCAAACACACCUCAGGAAAACAAGUCUUAGAUUAUCACACCUAGAGAAGACGGAGUGGAGAGUGGAUUAUAUCCUCAGCUCCAGUGAACUUAAGGAAGUGAACAAACCAUGUGUUCAGAUGAGAUUACAGGUACGGAACCCUGACACAGGGGCAACAACUCCUGUCUCCUUCACAGUAGAUAUGGAUAAAUUCAGAGUGCUUCUAAGUGAACUUAAACAAGCAGAGACAGUCAUGGCAAAUUUAACGUGACAUACAGGAAUAUAUGAUAAAAACGUUUUUAUUAAGAAAAAUUGUGCAAUGUACUAGAUAU